AUGGCAGGCAUCAUAGCGGCGGACUUUGAGGCAGUGGAGGAGGAGAAGGGAGGAAAUGGUGGUCCGAGAGGAUGGUCCACGUUCGUUGACGGCGUGGAAGGCGAGGAGGAGGUGGACCGGAAGACGAGGGUUGACACAGUUCGGGUGCUCCAGUUGGACCGAAGGUGUCCAAUACGUCUAAAUGGCGACCGGAAUAUCCGUUGGCAUCGUAAGUACGUUGGAGGUGGUUGGGCUUUGGCGUUGUGAGACAGCGGCAGUGGCGCCAGUUGAGAUUUGCGUGAUUCACGCCUGGCUUUGGCGGUGGAAAUGCGGUUGGCUUCGAACAUUGCUACGCCUGUUUUCACUGUUGUCCUCCCCAUAUGUAAGUCCCGGGCGAGGUCUUCCCAGUUUACUGAGUUGAUCUGCAGACGCUGUAGAAUUUGUGUUUUCCCAGUGAGUAGGGUGCCGCCGUCGGAGCUGAUGAGAGGAGCAGUUCCUUUGUUUGGCGAACCGUAGACAGCUUAGAUUGCGACGAAGAAGUUCUUCCAUUACCUGCGGUCCGCGUACCAUUGGUUCUCCUCACCGAUCGUCCCAUGAAACUCACUGAUCCCGCUGUGCCUUGCAGUCUCUUUUUCGAGCCCUACCAGCAGCCGUGCAACGGCACAUGAUAUAGGUAGAAGUUGUUGUCGACAAAGACAAUUAAGGCUGGAACGGCCAUUCUAGCUACACCGCAGAGCACUGCACACGGCAAGCCCUCUAUCAAAACGGUGGCCCUCUGUGUAGCUUGCCAAUACUUCAGGCGCGCUUGAUAUGUAUUUGUCGCUACUCCUGAGAUAAAUGUGAUCCGCCUGAGAGACGCUGGCGAGAGCCGGUUAGUUACAAAACUAGCCACAGCCUAACACAAUAAAUAGAUAAAUUGUUUUAUUCAGUGCACUCGGGGUACCGUCAUGGCAAGUAAAAAUAGAUUUUUCAGUGAAUUUUAGGACACGUAGACGGGCUCCGUAGUACUCAGUUCGUACUAAUAGAAUAAGCAGCUAGAUAUUAAAAACGGUCAGAGAGCAAUGAAAGAAUUCUUCUUUAGAAAAAGUGAAAUGCUCUGUUGUUUCUCCGGCUUGAUAGGAGCAAAUAUCUGUCGCUCAUAGGAGAGGGAAUAUGCGGGCCGGACGGGACUGGCUGGCAUAUGGUAGUGUAUAAAGGAUUUAGAAGGCAGAAUUCCUAGACUGGAGGAGGCUGUCAGCGCCAAAGUGGCGAGACGAGAGAAGGUCAGACGCGGCCGGUCACAGCCUGCUUAGUGUCCAGUGGAAGGGGAGACCGUAUGGGCUGAGGCAACCAUCAAAGCGUACGGGGAGGUGAAACCAUAUGAUUUGACAAUAAUUAGGUACAGAGCUAUCAAGACACUGAAAAAUCGAUUAUGCAAGAGGAUCGAAGACUUCUGGGUUAGAAAUAUUUUCACCAACGUAAAUAUACACGUAUGAAACAUCGACAUGAUUUUGUAUAUUUAAUUUUGGACAUUUCAGUUAAUGCAGGCCCCGAAAUUGUUAUCAUAAGCCCUAGGUAGACAAGUAAGCACUGUAAGCCGUGCCACCUUGUCAGCGUGUUGACAUCGAGUCGACUUCGCGAUAAUAACAACCUGACGAGACGUGAUAUUGGCAUUGGCCACUUUGUAGACGCCGGGCGACAGGACAUGCCGAGAUACGGUGUAGCGGCCGAGAACGACAAGGAAAGCACACACCAGAAUAAGAAAAGGCCGAGGAGAAAUCCUGUCGGAGGUAGACUUUAACAGAACUGUUAACAUCACUCGAAACUUGUUCACACGCUGAAGAAGAGAGUACGUCGAGUAUGGAUAUAGUGCAAUGGAACAACAUGAUAUGGAGAAUGUAUAUAACAAAUGUUAAUGUACACGUGCAACGAGGAACAGCGGAAAGGUGACCUGCCUAGAUGGAUAGACGAUCCUGAGAUACUAGCUAAACAGCCGGUGGGGAUGCAGCGCUGUGGACAGCUGCAGGGAAGGGCCGAGGGGGAGCCGACGUUGAGUGAGAGAGCGACGGUUCGUUGCGGGAGGGGGGUCGGCGGAAGCGAGAGGAAGGGACACCGGCCGUCUUCGCCAGCACACAGUUACGCCAUCUCCAUCCCAGGUCCGCGCGCCAAAAGUGUCACGACUUUCAUACAAUUCUGUUCGUGUCAAGGGGCGUUACAACGGUUACUUCAGCAAAAAUGGAUCCCAGCAUUGUACAGAACAAACGAAAAUCUAACAUGCGCUUCUUAUAUUUUAGCAAAACGUGUCUCAUUUUGCUGUUUUUUCCCUUCUACAGGAACCUUGUUUAAUCGCGUACUCACCUCCCCCGAUAGCUUUAAAAAUCGCGGACAGUCUAGGGACGACGAAGAGGUACUUUUUGAAAAGUUCGUUUAUAUGUGUCCUAUACUUGGAAUGAAUAAUCCUGAAAUUAGUUGUACUGCUAAUUUUUACAUUCGGACACGACUUCAUUGUUGUGGAUUAAUCUAUAAUAACCACAACAGGAUUGUGCAUGGAGUGUCCUUGGAUCUGGGUUGAUAUAGACGGCUCGGUUUGACCGUCUGCAAAUUAAAAAAUACAUAUGGAACAUAGGUGACUAAGUUUUAAAUUAACGCCUGCUGCAUUUAUCCGAUGUUUUUUUCUUAAGACGUCAAAAGAUCUUUUGAGACUCCUGGUAAAGAGGGACUUCUACGAUCGUAGAGGUCCGUCCCCCCUAACCCACUUAACAAAGAUUUCUGCGUAAGAUUUUAGGAAGAUAUUUAGUAAACGCACCUGCAAUGACCUCGCAAUAGCCGGACCAACCGAGGCCUUCUUCCGACUUCUUGCCCAUGAAUUUUAUGUCAAUCAAUAUAUUCUCAAAAAGCUCACAGAAUAUGCGCUUUAUAAAGCCGUCGGCAUGCUAACCCCGAAGAUAGAAAAAGUAAGAAACCCGGCUGGAUGUGUUGGUAUAAUAAGUCCGCAUACCAGCUGCUUGAGUAAAUCAGAGUUCACUAACCUAUCGUUAGCAUCCAUGAACUCUGAGGGGCGACUGAUCAACCGCGGAUCAGAUUGACAGACAAUUCAUAAGCCUGCAGUCUUGCAGAGCAUACUCUACAGAGGCUACUGUGGUGUUCGAUUUCACCGCCUCAGUGGUGCGUAAGGAAACGUAUUUUUUGUGUCUACAUUAGCCAACUCUCGCGUUUAAUUUCUUGUAGAGUACUACAUUAACACAAUUCUAGAUUCCUCAGAGGAUCUCGGAUUUGUCGUUGGCUUAGAUGGGACACGACGGGAAUGUAACCGGUUAUGGUACUAUUAAAGAAAGAAACAUCCCCAGAGACUGGUCCUUGUUUCUCACUCUCAUUGCGAGAGCUUAUUACUUCUUUUUGUUGUACCCGUUCCCAUCUUCCUUGACGCCUCAUCUACACUUCAUUAGUAGAAAAGGUCUUAACUUAAAUAAUUUCCAGAAAUUUAACAAUGACGUGGCUUUACUUUGGUCUGCGACUCUAGAAACACAUUUUCACUUGGGGAACUUUUUACGUAGAUCUCUCGGCACAAUACGUGACCUUUAAAUCAAAGAAUGCUUGGAUCACACAAUGCUCUGUCGCCUCUUCUAUAACUUCUUUGGCCUCACCCUAGUUUUUUUUAAAGGCUUAACGUGGUCUUUGUGUCUUUCAUUUGUUCUGCAGUGA